AUGGUCGAAUGCCAGAUCUGCACCCUUGCAACUCCUGCAACUCCUGCAACUCCUGCAGACUUGCUUUGCCUAGAUAAGUACCAAGCCAUAUCGCAUCCAACCUAUUACCUGUUACCUGUCCCAUGGCAAGAGGGGCGAGGGCAUGUGUGCUUUACGCGGCGUGAAAGGCGCAAAGACGAGACCAAGGCCAAUGCCAAGGGCAAGGAGGUCGGCGGUUGGAGGAAGAACCUUCGCGCUUUGAGCACGGCGCAGAGCCUUCAUAAGAAACCCCGCUACUGCACGUUCUUGCUUUCUUCUUUACCUCCGACCCCAUCCCCGACCAACCUUUCUCUUCCCAACACAACAACAACAUUUGAAGAUCCUUUUUCUUGCAAUCCAUCGGCUCCUUCCUACUUCAACUCUACUCAAUUUCUCCCUCUCUUUCGACGACGGCAAUCAAACAACAUCGUCGUCCAAUCGACCAACAUCAUAAUAACAACCGACAACACCCUCAAUGGCCUUGCGUGGCACACAGAUGAGAAUGCGCUCCGUCAGAAGUUCGAGGAGUUCGGUGCCGUCGAGGAGGCCGUCGUCGUCAAGGACCGUGAUACUGGUCGCUCCCGAGGCUUCGGAUUCGUUCGCUAUGGAUCCGAAGCUGAUGCCGAGGCUGCUAUUACUGCCAUGAACAACAUCGAGUUCGAUGGCCGCACCAUCCGAGUCGAUAAGGCCAGCGAGCGUGGCUCAGGCGGCGGUGGUGGUGGCGGUGGAUUUGGAGGUGGCCGUGGAGGCGGUGGCGGCUACGGACGUGGCGGUGGUGGAUACGGUGGUGGCGGUGGCGGUUACGGUGAUCGUCAACAAGGUGGUGGUGGAUAUGGCGGCCAGGGUGGAUACGGAGGUGGUCAGGGUGGAUACGGUGGCGGUGAUAAAGGAUAUGGCGGCGGUGGCAACCAAUCUGGAUACGGAGGUGGCGACCAGGGUGGACAAGGUGGCGGCCGAUGGACAGGUAAUAAGUGUGCCCGGGUAUGGCAUUCUCUCAGACCUUUGCUUGCGUCGUCGGAACGAUAUGAGAACAAGAAAAGUCAGCUGGUGCAGCGAAAGUUAAUUGUGUGGUGCGGCUUGAGCAACAUCUUUGGAUGGAACUCUUUUGGUCAGCCUGUGCGGUCUAUGGAUGCGGAAUCUGGCGAGCUUAACGCUCUGCUUGGCGUUUGGGGGGAUCUUACUACCUUGCUUGUCACACACAAUUUCACGCACUGGUAUCGUCGACCGAUCAUUUUGAUCAAGGUCAUUUUCUGA